ACUACCCUCCCCAUCAUGCAAAAAAUUACACUUCCUAUCAUGCAAAACUACACUUCCCAUCAUGCUUUCUUGUAAAGCUGCUUUGUGCAUGCAAUCAGUCGAGGAAGACGCAAUUUCAGCUGAGAAGCAAAGAAUGGAGAGUGGAAUUGUGUUCCUGUGAUUUUUGGAAAGGAAACUAUCCAGGGGUCAAAGACAGGAUCCCAAUCCAGCCAUGAUGAGGAGCGAUUUCUCAGCGGCCCUGGCUGCAAUCGGUGGGCCUGGGGGUCUCUUGAGAAGCAGCGAGCCCCUUUCUCUCUCCCCAGUGGCCUCCCUCGCUGCUUCUUUCCUGGAGGAUGCUACUGAUCUUCUGGUGAUGCACAGAGAUUUCCCAGCUGCCCUGGAAAAAUGUGAAAAAGGCUGCCAGAGUCUCAUGGGCGAAUCCCAGAACGGAGAUCCCAACAGCUCCGAAGAACUGAAAUGCUCUUUAUGCAUUGUUGGUAUCCAGGCACUGGCUGAAAUGGACCGGUGGAGGGAUGUCCUUCCAUGGAUUCUUCAGUUUUACCAGGAUCCUGACUGCUGGCCUCCCAAAAUUCUAGAGCUGUGCAUUCUUCUACAUAGCAAAGUGGAAGAACCUCAGGUGAUGCUAGAAAUCGGCAGUGACUGGUUACAUUCCUCCAUGAACCAGCACCUGCCUAGUUAUGGACUCUUGGUUCAGUUGUAUCUCUUCCAUGUCCUAUUGCCACUUGGGCACUUUGCAGAGGCAGAAGUGCUGGUCCAAGGUUGCAAAGCACUGAGUGAGGAGCAGCACAUAGAAAUGCAUGAGAGCAUUGAGGAGAAAAGGCAUCAGUGGUUACGGCAGGAAGAAGAGUGCCUGAUUCCCGAGGCUCCACCAGAUGUGGCAUGGAAGCAGCAGUUCGGUUGGGUGUCCCAAAAGAUGUUGACAGUUUUGGCACAGCUGAGUAGAGUGCUAGGAUCCUUAGCAGGUCAGCUCUGUUCAAUUCCCUACAAAAAGACACUCUUGGCUGCGUUCAUGUUGUGUCUCAUCGUAGUGAGACUGGAUCCAGCCUCUCCAACUGCUCUGCCAUUCAUCUAUCGGCUACUUCAGCUUUUCCAUCAAGCCCGACUGGCGGUAUUUUCUUCACAUUUCCGGCCUCCUAUUCAAGACUAACUGACUUUACUGCUGUCUUUCUGAUGAAGAAACAGUGCUCAAUGGAGAACUAUGAAAAGCCAAACACAUCCACAGUCCAGUAAUGGUGUCUGUAUUGCUGUAGGGAGGGAGAGCACCUCAGGUGUUUUUUCAAGAAUAUAAUCUGGUUUGAUGGCACUAUAAAAAUUCUCUGUUCUAUUGAUUUUUUACUCCUCAAUGUGGGCUCAUUUCAACUUUACUAUCCAUUUGACUUACACUCCUAAAAGCAUCCUUAUUUAAUGGUAGGUUCUGUUGAGACUGGUGGGACUUACUUCCAAGUGAACAUUGGAUGAGAUUGUCGAAGGACUUACCUUCACAUCUCUUUAUUUGUAACACACCCUGUCUCCACUAAACAUUUUCUCUCUGGAGUUGUUAUUGCUGGCUCUGUAGCAUCCCAUGAUGUAUUAACUAUUACUAGAUAGUUUGAGCUGACAUUUGGCCUUGGCUUAGUGAUAGUGUGUGCUUUUUGCUCAUAGGGACAUAACCAGUGCUUUGGUGUGUGGACCAAGGGAGAGUGAUCGUGACAAGAAUGCUUUGUCUUUUUUUUUAUAUUGUCCAUUCAGUUCCUCUGUGAAGUUACCACUGUCCCACCAUCACCACCAGAGCAUCUUUGUUAAUGACAUCUCUGUGUAGCAAGGUGAAAGUAUAGCAGUACCUGACUUUCUGGUGUGGAAGUGAAGUGAUCGAUAAAGCUGCAAUUGCUUGACCUUUUCUUUGUCACGCAUAGCUGUUUUAAAGAAUAGGAUUAGUGCCAGGAAGAGAAAGAGGGAAACUAUUGUGGCCUUCCUCAGAUUAAUAAUACUGAUGCCAUCCUAAGCAUAGCUAGGACUUUGGUAGAAAAAGUGCUGUAAUCAUUAUAUAAAUAUGCUUGCUGAUUAUUUUUUAAAAUGGCUUGACAAAGGUAUGUUCUUUUGUUUUAGUUUGGGAGGAGCUUCCAAAGGGUAUGUUUUUAAAGACAGAAAUUUUAAAUGUGCCAUUGUUCAUACUCCCAUUUGGUGUAUAUUUAAAAUAAAUGCUUUUUUUAAAAA